GUUCGGAAGACAUUGUCUCUCCGUCUGCACUCGAGUAUGGACAACAACAUCGUAUAUACUGGAUCGUAAAUAGCAAAUGCAGAGGAAAAUAAUAGGGAAAUUAGUGUAUCUGGGAGAUACAUUGCGACCAUUCAUGGAUAAAACAUAUUGCGAUCAACGGAGAGUUAACAAGUGUUUUGUCACUAUGGUAACUGACAAAUUUGCUGUAUCAGCGAAAAAUUUUUCUACCUGUAUGGGAUUCGAAGUACAGGGUAGAGAAUUUCAGAAAGAGAUGGCCAUAUUCGGAGAAGAUUUUUGUUAGAUACAUGCAUAGAUCGAGCGAAAGUAGUGACCGUGCAGCAGAUGAAGUUCCGGAGAACGCAGUUUCAACGAACGCGGAUGCCAUACCGGAGGAUCCGGUUCGGGCCGAGCAGGGUCGACUCGAAGAUGUAAGUAAUAGAACGUGGUCAACCUUGAAUUCUGAAGUAUUGUUGGUGGUGAGUGACAAAAAGCAAAGAAUUCCAAAAUGGUCGGUGAUUGUAGAAAAUUUCGUUGGAAUUAAUGCGAUUUACUUUGCUGCACGAAAAAUAAUGCUGUUGAAUCAAUUUCCACGCAUAAUUGGAAUAAGUCUUCUUGAUUCGAUAUCAUUGAAAUUAAUACUUUAA